AUGUUGACAGAAAUGGAGACGACGCCCUAUGUGGCUGAGAUCAAGCUGAAUGGAGGUCGGGGAGUCUGGAGUGAAGCUGCUCCCUCCUCCUGCCCCGAGGUGGACCUGGAGGUCAUUGAGGAAUACCUGCAGGAGCACUCGCUGGAGGUCCAGCAUGCUCACUCACCUAUGACCACGAUGGGCCAGCAAACACACACACACUCCCACCGAGAUACCAGGAUCAUAGAGAAUAACUGGUCAGGUCAGCAUGCAUAUAAGUGGAACUACGGUUCUCACACUCCAAACAAGGAAUAUAAAGAGCUGGUGCCACAUCUGGCCUGGCAGAGUCCUCAUGACAGCCAGUGGGAGCCCAUUCUAUACUCCUGUGAAGCUCCGUUAUAUAUUGACUCAGAUUCACAGUCUAGCAGCUCCCAGUAUCAGGAUUACCAAGACUCACCCUCACCGUCUUCUGACAGAGAGGACAGGAAGGACAGAAACUUGCCUCUCACCCCACUGUCAGGAAAGAGGAAAGAGCGCCUGUUCCAGUUCCUGUUUGAGAUGCUUCAAACGCCAUCGAUGCGGAGCUGCAUCUGGUGGGUCCAGUCCUCUUCUGGAACUUUUCAGUUCUCCUCUCAAAACAAGGAGAGCCUGGCCCAGUUGUGGGGCCAAAGAAAGGGGAAUCGCAAAACCAUGACCUAUCAGAAGAUGGCCCGGGCACUGAGGAACUACUCCCGCACCGGUGAGAUCCACAAAGUGAAAAGGAAGCUCACCUAUCGCUUUGACGAGAAGACGCUGAGAGGUCUACAAGGAGAGCCCAACUCUGUGUAG